AUGACUGAAAUUUUUUACUCUCACUACCACCUGCCUGAUCUCCAGACUGAGCGGUCCACCAUCAUGCUGAAUAUUUGGAGGAAGCUGAACCUGGAUUCUGUCCCUGGGAACCUAAGUCACACAGGUGAGAAGCCAUUUACAUGUUCUGAGUGUGGGAAAUGUUUUGUAAGUAAAUCACAACUUGUUACACAUCUGCGCAGUCACACAGGUGAGAAGCCUUUUCCAUGUUCUGAGUGUGGGAAAUGUUUUACAUGUAUAUCAGAUCUUGUUAUACAUCGCAGAAGUCACACAGGUGAGAAGCCAUUUUCUUGCUCUGAGUGUGGGAAAUAUUUUACACGGAAAUCACAACUUGUUACCCAUCAGCAAAGUCACACAGGUGAGAAGGCAUUUCCAUGUUCUGAGUGUGGGAAAUGUUUUGCACUCAAAUCACGUCUUGUUACACAUCAGAGAAGUCACACAGGUGAGAAGCCAUUUUCUUGCUCUGAGUGUAGGAAAUGUUUUGCACACAAAUCAGUUCUUGUUAUACAUCAGAGAAGUCACACAGGUGAGAAGCCACUUUCUUGCUCUGAGUGUGGAAAAUGUUUUACACAGAAAUCAAGUCUUGUUAAUCAUCACGGAAGUCACACAGGUGAGAAACGAUUUUCUUGCUCUGAGUGUGGGAAAUGUUUUACAUACAAAUCACAACUUGUUUCCCAUCAGCUAAGUCACACAGGUGAGAAGGCAUUUCCAUGUUCUGAGUGUGGGAAAUGUUUUGCACACAAAUCAGUUCUUGUUAGACAUCAGAGAAGUCACACAGGUGAGAAGCCAUUUUCUUGCUCUGAGUGUGGGAAAUGUUUUACAUACAAAUCACAACUUGUUUCCCAUCAGCAAAGUCACACAGGUGAGAAGGCAUUUCCAUGUUCUGAGUGUGGGAAA